AUGGCAUCUACGAUAUCAUAUGGCGGACCUAACUCUGGGUUCCAAGCAGGCGUCAUUAAUGGAAAUGUCACUGCUCAGUUCGCACAAUCAGAAACAUCGUUGAACCAAGCGUGCCUACGGGAUCUGCGAACGACCAAUCCCACCGACGAUAAAAACCGUAUCAAGAACAUGAAUGGAGGGCUGCUUAAGGACUCAUACUGCUGGAUUUUAGACAAUGAGGAGUACAGACACUGGCAAAAUGACCGAAGCAGCCGUCUGCUUUGGAUUAGAGGAGACCCUGGCAAGGGGAAGACAAUGCUCCUUUGUGGUGUCAUUGAGGAGUUGACACGCUCGAUUGGAGUCACUGCGAAUAUUUCGUUCUUUUUCUGCCAAGCUACUGACCUGCGAAUCAAUAAUGCCACGGCCGUUCUCCGUGGGUUGAUAUAUUCACUUGUCGAGCAGCAGCCAUCCCUUCUCCACCACGUACGACGUCGAUAUGACCCAGCGGGAAAAGCACUGUUUGAGGACAUAAAUGCAUGGAAUGCCCUCUCGAGGAUCUUCACGGAUAUUCUGAAAGACGUGGACUUACGGAGUACCUAUCUGAUAAUCGACGCUCUAGACGAAUGCACAACAGACCUUUCUCUCCUUCUAAGCUUGAUUGCCCAGGAGCCUCCCGCCCAUCCAAAAGUAAAGUGGAUUGUCUCAAGCCGUAACUGGCCCGAUAUUGAAGAACGCCUUGGCACUGCAACCCAGACAGCCGCGAUCUCGUUGGAGCUAAACGGGGCGUCUAUAUCUGAAGCUGUGAAUAAGCUAAUCUGGCAUAAGGUUAAGCAUUUGGCAACAACAAAGCAGUAUAAAGAUGAAACGCGCGAUACGAUAUGCCGUUACUUAUCGUCGAAUGCGCAAGACACUUUCCUGUGGGUAGCCUUGGUCUGUCAGGAGCUUGAUAGAACACCGCGGAGGCACGCUCUUAAGAAGCUGGAAGCAUUUCCUCCUAGGCUAAAUGCUCUGUACAGUCGAAUGUUCGACCAGGUUCUCAAUUCGGAAGAUUCGGAGCUCUGCAAGCGCAUACUGGCUGUCAUGUCAAUAGUUCAUCGGCCUCUUGCGUUGGACGAAUUAGCCUCUUUGAUUGAACUUCCUGAUGAACUCUAUAAAGACAUCGAAGACCUCUCCGAGAUCAUAGCAAUUUGUGGCUCCUUUUUGACCUUGAAUCAACACACCAUUAUCUUCGUCCAUCAGUCUGCGAAAGAAUUUUUACUCAGAGAGGCGCGAAACACUGUUUUCUCCGAAGGCAAAGAAGCUGGACAAUAUGCAAUUUUCUCACGCUCUCUACAGGCUAUGCAUCGGACACUUCGUCGCGAUAUCUUCGACAUUAAGUUCCCUGGAUUUCCUAUUGAGAAAGUCACUCAACCCAGUCCGAAUCCUUUAGCAGCUAUACAAUACGCGUGUGUCUAUUGGGUAGACCAUCUUCGGCAGGGUUGGUGUCAUAAACAAGAUGCCGUUAUUCUUGACGAGGGAGGCUGCGUCGAUCUUUUCCUGCAGCAAAAAUACCUUAACUGGCUCGAAGCCCUUAGCAUCCUCGGAAGUAUAUCGCAAGGUAUAGUAGCUAUGCUAAAGCUUGAAGACUUGCUUCAGGACAACGUCCUGGUCCCGAGACGGAAGCCGACUCCUAUCAGCGUCUAA